AUGGAAGCAGUGGCCAAAGUGCAUGUCCAUCCAGUGGUUCUCCUAUCUAUAAUUGAUUCUUAUGAACGACGCGAUGAAGAUGCCGAAAAUGUAGUCGGAACCCUACUCGGUACUUUCGAAAAGGGCAUAAUUGAGGUUACUCAUUCAUUCGCUGUACCUCAUAACGUGUCAAAUACGGAUGUUUCAAUGAAUUUUGAAUUCGGACGUGCAAUGCUGAAUUUGGAACGCAAGGUCAAUCGCAACCUUCGCCCCGUCGGCUGGUACGCUACUGGCAGCGAGGUCACGGAGUCCUCUCUUUUAAUUCAUCAGGACUACUACAUGAAGCAUGUUAAAAACCCUAUUUUCCUUCUAGUAAACCCUAAUCUGGAGAUUGGCAAAAAAAUGAGUAUCCAAGCUUUCCAGAGUAGGAGUAUUGGCAUUCCGGACGGCACAAUGGGCACAAUGUUCCUGUCUCUUGAAGUGAAUAUUGAGUUCUUUGAUGCUGAGCGUUGUGCGGUCGACGUGAUGGUAGCAGAUUCCCUCAGCAAGGAUAAUCAGUUCUCAGAGGCUACAGAUGAUUUGUCUUAUCUUUACAACCUGACUGGGCGCCUGUUGUCGAUGCUCGAGAAGGUGACGGCAAAGGUGGAGGCGUGCGCAAAUAAUGACCUGGGUGCGGACAAUGAACUCGGCAUGGCCAUUGCCCGACUCAUCUUUGCGACACCCAAACUGGAUUCGGACAACGUUGAGGAGCUCAUCAGCUCGUCUUUCAAGGACCUCCUCAUGGUCACUUACCUCACCAAUCUCAUCAGAUCACAUACAAAACUCCUCAGCCUAGCUCACUGA